UUAUCGGUAAAAAUUCUAGUUAUCCUUUCAAAAUGUCCGCCAUCACAAGAGGGCUCUUGUUAUUAUGUGCUGCUGUUGCAGCAUCAGCGUUCGAGCUGAGAGAUGGAGAUGUCGUUUUCCAUUUAUUUACAAGGGCUAAUCCCCAAGUCAGUCAGCCUCUACUGCCCUCGGUGGCAUCUAUUAUGACGUCAUCGUUUUCCGUCACCCGUCGCACGAUCGUCACCAUCCACAGCGACGGAGAGGGUGUAUCAGGCAACUUCAACGCUUUUGUAGUUCAAGCUCAUCUCUCAGCGGAGGAUGUGAACGUGAUAGCUGUGGACUGGAGCCCAGGUUCGGCGAUGUACACGCAGGGUCUCGGCAACGCACCCCAAGCCGGUCGCAUCAUUGCCCAGUUUAUUAACAUUCUUAUCAACACCUUCGGAUAUAACGCUGCCCAAAUUCGCAUAGUGGGUGUUGGUCUCGGCGGCCAUGUGGCUGGUAUUGCGGCAAGAAAUGUCAACGGAGAAAUUCCUCAUGUUGUUGCAUUAGAUCCGUCUCUGCAUGGGUGGACGCAUCAUCCCGAAAUCUUAAAUGAAGAUGAUGCGGCAGUUGUCGAAGUAUUGCACACUACAGCUGGUCUUAAAGGUUACGAUUAUCCUUUGGGAGAUAUAGAUUUCUAUUCAAAUGGUGGAAAAGCCCAGAGCGGUUGCGGCACCGAUGUCUCUUGCUCCCAUAUUUAUUCAUAUGUUUUCUACGCGGAAUCGAUUACUGCUGAAGUGGUGAAUGGUAGAAGAUUUGUUGGUACGUCAUGUCUAGAUCAUGACACCGCUAUGGAUUUGCAAUGUACUGGAGCUAGAGAUGCUAUAUUUGGAGGGUUGGCAACGAAGACUGAUGAAUUCGGUGUCUACAUGUUCCUGACCAAUUUCGUGUCUCCGUUUGCCAGAGACUAAAUAUAAACACAAUUUGUGACAAUAAAAAGAGUAAAACGUUA